AUGAUGUCCUCAGAGGUCUUCCAACCAAUGCAACUCAAGGGAGAGAUAAUGGACCUCGAGUUCACUCUCGACACCGACCACAGGAAAAGGAGGAGAAAUCGCACUACGCAAAGUUGCCUCAAUUGUCAUACCUCCAAACGCAAGACUGGUCUUUGUGUCUAUGAGAUCGAUGACCCCGCUCUAAGGGACGAUCCUUCCGUCGACGAAAAUACCCGUCUGAGAAACCGAAUCGCCGAAUUGGAGUCUCUUGUUCGCGAGCUCAGAGGCAAACCACACCCCAGGUGGGCGGAAAGUAAUUUUCGAGACGGAGAUCCAAACGAAAAAUGGCAUUCUAGAGCCACAAAAUGUGUUUCCCUUUCAAAACGAAAUACCCAGCUUCCGGAUGAGCUCUCAAGAAAUGGUCGCGCACUACCCUCUCUUCUCAGCCCUAUCAAAACAGAGCCAUCUACUGACGUCAGUCCUCACCUCUAUCGUUUUUCACCUUCCCCUGCACCGUCGAUGCGAUACCAUCAUACAUUCCAGGCUCCUCGAAGCAAUUCAUCAUCGUCAUUUGAAAACGACCAGCGCCAAUCGUACACAUCAUCAAAUGGCACUGCAAUCCCCUAUCAUCACCACCCUCCCGCCAACCCACAAUAUAACGGAACACAUAAUCCUGGGUCAGCGCCUUCGUCGUAUUCAGAGGGCGGCGUCGGCAAUUAUUCACUGUCGGGCAGUGAUGAAGGUCACAAUUAUGGAGAGAACUUUCCUGGGAAUACAGCAACGCCCCAGGCCUUUUGUCCUUGCCGAACCAACCCAGCAACGGGUGUCGCGUAUAUCUCGCUCUCGCAACAGCUUCAAGAUUGCUUAAACUCCUUGCGUCAAUUUAGCCAUCACCCACCGAAUACCCCUUGUCUAUUGUAUCGCCGCAUCGCCGAGCUGAACAGUCUUUUGCAAAGUAACAACAAUUCCGACGCUAGUGCGCCAUCAUACGACAGCGGCACCCCUUCGGAUGAACUUUUGACACCCUUGUCGGCUUCCAGUGGGCCAGGUUCAUUCCAUCCUACGGGGUCUCCCGAUGUUUCGCCUCAAGAGUGGAACAACAUGGCAACAGCUGGCUAUAAUCCUUAUUUUCCUUUGCCUCCAGGAGACCAUCACACCGUAUAUACCCACGUUAUGAGUUGA